AUGAGCGUGUCACUUUCCCGGGCACUUUGUGCCCUUAAGAUAAAAUUCAAACCCGCAUUUUUGCGAUCUUUUACCACUAAGGCUGCCUCUCCUGGCACCAGGCUUUUUGAAUAUGCUCGCGGGCGUUUUGUACUCGGUGAAAAAGAGCAAGCGCAUAAUCACCGUGUACGAGUCAAUAUGCAGGAGCUUCUGCGCACGGCGGCAAAGUCAGUUGGUGCGAUGAGAUGCAUUGACGUGGAAGAAUGUCCCGACGGCCUGUACAGCAAAGCCCUUAUCCUUACCAUGGAUGAUGAGACGCAAGUCGUCGCUAAAAUCCCAUAUCCCAACGUCGGCGUUCCUUACUACACUACCGCAAGCGAAGUUGCUACGAUGGACUUUGCGCGGAAUGUGCUCCAGACUCCCGCUCCACAGAUAUAUGCAUGGAAUGCUUCUAUUGAUCCAAAGAAAAAUCCAGUCGGAGCCGAAUUCAUCGUCAUGGAAAAGAUGGCCGGUGUUCCCUUGUCUGAUGUAUGGUGUGACUUAAAACCCGACCAAAAAGUCAAAGUGUGUGUUCAGAUCAUCGGUUUCAUGAAGAGAUGGACAAAUGUACAUUUUCCGGCCAUUGGUAGUCUUUACUACGCGGAAACUAUCAGUAAAUCCUCUAAGAACUCAUUAUACUUUGAUGGGAACGAUUCUGUGAGGAAUUCUCGCUUUGCUGUUGGUCCCAGUAGCAAUCGUGAUUGGAGUGAUGAGGGUCGACGAGACAUUCAAUGUGACAAGGGUCCAUGGAUGUCCGUUUUGGAUUACCGGAAAGCGAUUUACAAUCGUGAGAUGCUAGCCGUCAAAAAUAUACGUCAUAUACCAAAACAACUGGCGAUGCUUUAUGGUCCUCCACCACUAUAUGAACCUACAGUAGCAAAAAAACUCCAGGCUCUGCGUUGGUACACGCAAAUUGUGGAGCUCUUGUUGCCAUCUGAUCCGUCGCUUUUGACAUCCCAUGUUUGGCAUAACGAUCUUCAUCAUGAAAACAUAUUUAUCGACCCGCAUAGUCUGCAGAUUUUAGGCAUAAUCGAUUGGCAAUCUGUUCAAAUCACUCCUCUUACAGACCACUGUCUGGACCCUAGUUUUCUGGACUAUGAAGGUCCCGAUGUUGGCGAUAAUCUUGAGCGACCAGAGGUCCCAGCUGAUAUGAAAUUUCUCCAAGGCGAGGAGAGAACAGCGGCAUUAAAAUAUUUCACUGAUAAAGUACUUAUGAUCGCAUGGCGCAUCCUUGCUCGAGAUAAGAAUCCAGCACAGCAUCGAGCCAUCAGGUUCCAACAGUCAGCAUGCGGAAAUAUCCUCCAUCUCUCCAGACGCAUUUUCGAGGUCGGCGAGGCGCAUUUCUGCGCACUUCUGCUGGAUUUACGGGAUGAGUGGAAAAAUACCGGUAUAUCUCAUUUUCCCAUAGAGUUCUCUGAAGAACAGGUUAUGACAAUAGAAGAGGAUGUGAAGAAAGCUGAGGUGGGUGCCACGAUCAUAAAGAUGAUCCAACAACGUCUAGGGGAUCUUUGGCCUGAAAAAGGCCUCAUAGAAGCUGAGAAUUACAAUGACACCAAGUCAGCACUUCGGGAGAUCAAAGAAAACCUCAUCAAUGAGUACAAAAGCUAUCCUGGCUGGGAUCCGGUAAUAUUUGAGCGUCUUUGGCCAUUUGAUGAUUAG